AUGUCUCUCGAAGAAGCGAGUGCCGGGUGCUCAGCACGUAGGUCGCCGGAAUGGGGGGCUGGAAAGCAGGAGCCUGCCCUUCCUGGACUUUCCGAGGUUGCUUUAUCCCAUGGGUAUGAGCACUCAGAUCUCUCCCAUGAAGCGAAGAGACAGAAAAUAUCUAUUCAAGAUCCUGUAAUUGAUGCGCAUGGUGCCAGCCAAGACCCCGAUUCGGCCCAGAAGUAUCCCUCAACCCAUAUGGUCAGCCUGGAGAUCCGGCAAGGGGACAAGAUUUCCAAAUACUAUGAAGAUGCUUUCAAGUCCCUCACCAUGGCCAAUUGUGCCAGAAUCGCGAAAUGUAUUAUCCGGCACAUUGAGCCCAGCAAGCAAGCAAAGCACCCAUACAACGGGGGCAAAAAUGGGGACCCAGAAAAGAGCAAGCCUGAGUGGUGGCCGGAUAAGAUUCCUCAUAAGGAUCCCCAUCACCUUGGCAAAAUACAUCUCAUUCCCCUAUUGGCCCAUAUUUUCCGUAAGCUUGGCUAUGCCGAGCUUGAGCAAGUGACACAUGAAACCAGAAAACCCAUAGCGUCCACCCAAAAAAUCCAGAUUCUUUGCGAGAUACUUAACGUACGACGAAUGCAAGAGCUGUAUGAGCAGCGCCAAAUUGACGGUACUGAAUUAGUAUCUGUUCGGAACCAGGAUGCCAACCAAAAGGGAAGGAAGGGCUCCGAUUCUAUCAACAGUUUCAAGUAG